AUGAAAAGGCAAAACCAAAGCUCUGUGGUUGAAUUUGUUCUCUUGGGGUUUUCUAACUUUCCUGAACUUCAAGAACAGCUCUUUGGGAUCUUCUUGAUUAUUUAUCUAGUGACAUUGAUAGGAAAUGCCAUCAUCAUUGUUGUCAUUUCCCUGGACCAGAGCCUUCAUGUCCCCAUGUACUUGUUCCUUCAGAACUUAUCUGUGGUGGAAGUGAGCUUCAGUGCAGCCAUUAUGCCUGAAAUGCUGGUGGUCCUCUCCACAGAGAAAGCAACCAUCUCUUUUGCUGGCUGUUUUGCACAGAUGUAUUGCAUUCUUCUUUUUGGUGGAACUGAAUGUUUCCUCCUGGGGGCAAUGGCUUAUGACCGAUUUGCUGCAAUUUGCCAUCCUCUGAGCUACCCGAUGAUUAUGAACAAAAGGGUUUUUAUGAAAUUAGUUACAUCCUCAUGGGCUUUAGGUUUCACUAUGACUACCGUCCAAACCCCAUGGGUGUUUAGUUUUCCUUAUUGUGGCCCCAAUGAAAUUAAUCAUAUUUCCUGUGAAACCCCUCCAGUGCUAGAGCUUGCAUGUGCAGACAUAUUUUUGUUUGAAAUUUAUGCAUUCACUGGCACUGUUUUAAUUAUUCUGGUUCCUUUCAUUUUGAUACUUUUGUCCUACAUUCGAAUUCUCUUUGCUAUUCUGAAAAUGCCAUCGACCACUGGGAGGCAAAAGGCUUUUUCUACUUGUGCCUCCCACCUCACAUCUGUGACUCUCUUUUAUGGCACAGCCAGUAUGACUUAUUUACAACCUAAAUCCAGCUACUCACCAGAAACCAAGAAACUGAUGUCACUGUCUUAUUCAUUGCUCACCCCUCUGCUGAAUCCUCUGAUCUACAGCUUGCGAAAUAGUGAGAUGAAAAGAGCUUUCAUGAAAUUAUGGCGAAGAAAAGUGGUUUCACACACAGCCUGA